AUGGAAGAAAAUAAAAAUAAAGAAAAAACUUCUAUCAAAAAAAAAAACAAAGUAAAAAAACAAUUAAAAAAUAAGAAAUCAUCAAAAAAAACACAAGCAGUUCGAUUAUAUGAGAAAGGAGUUAUAUUAGGAUAUAAAAGAUCUCAAAGAAAUCAAGAUCCAAAUUUUACAUUAAUAGCUAUCAAAAAUGUAAAUACAAAACAACACGCUCAAUUUUAUGUUGGAAAGAGAGUAGCUUAUGUCUAUAGAACAAACAAACAUCAUAAUGGAGUGAAAAUUAAAUGUAUAUGGGGAAAAGUAUGUAGAACUCAUGGUAAUAAUGGUGUAAUUAGAGCUAAAUUUAGAACUCACAUUCCACCCAAAGCAUUUGGAGAUAGAGUCAGAAUACUUAUGUAUCCUUCAAAUAUUUAA